GGAGUCCCAGCAGCUGCUACCUACCGUGCCUUCCUGGAAAGAUGCUCCUGUUCCUUGUCCUGCUGAGCUUUGCACUGUCCCCCAGAGCAGAGGCAGGGGAGAUCAUCGGGGGACACGAGGCCAAGCCCCACUCCCGACCCUACAUGGCCUAUCUGGAGUACAUUUAUGAGAAAUCUUAUCCACCACAACAUUGUGGUGGAUUCCUGAUCCGAGAGGACGUGGUGCUGACGGCCGCUCACUGUCAUGGCAGCACGAUCAAUGUGACUCUGGGCGCCCACAAUGUGAAGCAGAAAGAGAGGAGUCAGCAGGAUAUCCCUGUGAGCAAAGCCAUCCCCCACCCGAAAUACAAUGCCAAAACCUUCUCUAAUGACAUCAUGUUGCUGAAGCUGAAGCAUAACGCCAAGAUGAAUAAGUACGUGAAGCUCCUCAAACUUCCUGGGUCCAGGAACAAGCUGUGGCCAGGCCAAGUGUGCAGUGCAGCCGGUUGGGGUCAGGUGGCGCUCAGCGAAACUUUUCCUGACAGUCUCCAGGAAGUGGAACUGAAGCUGCAGGCAGAUGAGGAGUGUGAAUCCCGGUUUAUACAUUACAAUCCUAAAACUCAGCUGUGUGCGGGGGAUCCCAAGACAAGAAAGGCUACAUUUAAGGGAGACUCCGGGGGUCCCCUCGUGUGCAAGGACGUGGCCCAGGGCAUCGUUCACUAUGGAAAGAACGAUGGAUCUUCACCCCGGGUCUACACCAGAAUCUCCAGUUUCAUGCCCUGGAUAAAGAACACCCUGAGAAAGAUAUAACCGCAGCU